AUGCAAAUUUUCAUAAAGUCACCAAAUGGUCUUAAGACGGUCGAAUUUGAUAAUUCUAUGACCGUCGGUGAGCUGCAAGCUCAUGUUUCCUCUGUUUGCGGCUUUGAGUAUACUUUUUCGCAACCGCCUUAUCUCUGUGCCGCCAGAGUUUUCUCUGAGAACACCACGUUCAAUGUACACAUUCCCGUACUUGGUGGAUUUAAGGAUCUGACUGAAGAGGUGAAGGAACUGGCACGUAAUCACAUUAUGGUUAAGAUAUGCAGAAAAUGCUAUGCUAGAAACUCUAUUAAUGCCGAGAGAUGCAGGAAGAAAUAUUGUGGACACUCGACAAACCUCAGACCAAAGAAGAUGUCCGGAAAGAAAGUUUAA